GGGAGGAGCCAUGGGUGGGCGUGGCCUAGCCCUCCCCGCGGGCCAAUGGGCGGCGCGGCGCUCUUCCCGCGCGUGCGCAGAGCCUGCGGGGCGAGGGCCGGGCUCCAAAGAUGGCGGCGCCCGUCCUGCUGCGAGUGUCGGUGCCGCGCUGGGAGCGGGCGGCCCGGUGCGCCGUGUGCCUGGCCGGCAUCGCGCUCUCGUUGUACGCCUGCCACUUGGAGCGCGAGAAGGGAAGGGACCUCCACUACCGGGCCCUCUGCGACCUCGGGGAGCGCGUCCGCUGCUCCGCCGCCAUCGCCUCCAGAUGGGGUCGGGGUUUCGGCUUGCUGGGUUCCAUUUUUGGGAAAGACAGCGCCAUCAACCAGCCGAACAGCGUCUUCGGGCUUGUCUUUUACAUACUACAAAUGCUACUCGGUAUGACGGCGAGCGCGGUGGCGGCCCUGGUCCUCAUGACGUCCUCCAUCGUCUCCGUCAUAGGCUCCUUGUACCUGGCCUACAUUCUGUACUUUGUGCUGAGGGAGUUCUGCAUCGUCUGCAUCCUCACCUACCUGCUGAACUUCCUCCUCCUCAUCGUCAACUACAAACGACUAGUUUACUUGAACGAGGCGUGGAAGCGGCAGCUCCCGCCCAAGCAGGACUGAGGCGCGGGGGAGCUUCUUGAGGACUCCGUAUCCGCGAGACUUCUUUCCACCCACCAAGGAAAUUUAAUUAUUAUCCGGAUACGUUCCCUCCCUUGACUGAAGGACCGGCGACCCUUUUGAAGGGAUUUUCCGAGCUGCGAACUCUCCACCCUUGACUUGUUUUUCCUCCCGAGGUUCUCCGGUUUGGGGUAUGUAAAUGUGGUUCUGGGUUCAGGGUGGGCCGCCGCCCGUGCCGGCUGUGUGCUAGACUUUAUAGGUGCCGUUACGGGACCCUCGCCCUGUGUUUACAUUGUGUGUCCGCGUAUCCGGAUCUUCCCCUCGUGAUUCGGACGCCCAUCCCGCUGAGAAGCAACUUGAAGAAGACGACGCAACAUGGGGAGACUUUUCCUUGUUGUUGUUUUGUCAAACACGAGCCCGUUUUCUCCGGGAAGCUGGAUACGGAGUUGACUAGCGGGGCGGGGAAACGGGCUACGACGGGACUCGGUCUGGUUUGCAUGAAAUUCCGUUCCGGGAAAUGGUCCAGGGGUGGGAACCCAACGACCGCAGUCCAAACCUUUCCUCAAAUAAUUGGGAGGAUUGGCUAGAAUAACUAUACACUGGAUCCCGGAAACCCGGCCAAAGUGUAGGCAGGGGAACUGUGGCCCCGUUGUACGGUUUUUGCAUGAAUCCCCCCACUUAAGGAGGGGACCCUUCCCCCUUCGUUUUGGCUUGCAGGAAGGACACUCGCCGCAGAUGAUGCCUGUAUAGAGGUGGAGCAGUUGGGGGGUCUCUCCUGCAGUCGUUGGGGUGAAACGGGGAUCCACGGCCCUUCUUUGGGGUGAAACGGGGAUCCACGGCCCUUCUUUGGGGUGAAACGGGGAUCCACGGCCCUUCUUUGGGGUGAAACGGGGAUCCACGGCCCUUCUUUGGGGUGAAACGGGGAUCCACAGCCCUUCUUUGGGGUGAAACGGGGAUCCACGGCCCUUCUUUGGGGUGAAACAGGGAUCCACGGCCCUUCUUUGGGGUGAAACGGGGAUCCACGGCCCUUCUUUGGGGUGAAACGGGGAUCCACGGCCCUUCUUCGGGGCGAAACGGGGAUCCUUGGCCGCCCUUCUUCGGGGUGAAACGGGGAUCCAUGGUCGCCCUUUCUUUCUGUCUCCUUCUCCCUGAAAUGUUGAUUGGGUUCGGCAUUUUGUUCUUCCCCCCCCAGUGACCCCAAAAAUGGCAUCCUUGAGCAAAUCACUGUGUUUUCCCUCCUCUUUCCCACUCGUUUCCCAUUCCUACAGUGUUUUGGUUUUUCGUCGAUUUAGAGAAGUGCCUUCUGUCUUAAACAAACCAAAUAACGGGGGGUGAUUGGAAACUGGCAGGCAGAAGAGUCCUUGGGCGCGGGAAGCAAACCUGGAUGCUGGAAGGUUGUCACGAUACCGACAAAGGUCCAUAGAUCCAAGAGAAGGACCCCAACCCUGCCUUCUUUCCCCCCAUUAUGAUUCCCAAAUGGCUUCUGUCCGUCAUGUUUGUUAUAGGUCUGGUGUCCCGGAUUGGUAGUAGUAGUAGCCGUCGGAGCCAGAGAGCGAAGCUUCAAUGAGAGAAGCUCCAGAGUGAAGGCUGCUAAUGUGUGAGGCUCGAUCUGAGAGAAGGCUCUGUGGGAGCGAAGCUUUGGUGAGAGAAGCUCCAGCGUGAAGGCUGCUAAUGAAUGAUGUGAGAGAAGGCUGUGUGAGAGCGAAGCUCCGGUGAGAAGCUCCAGAGUGAAGGCUGCUAAUGUGUGAAGCUCGAUGUGAGAGAAGGCUCUGUGAGAGCGAAGCUUCAACUGAGAGAAGCUCCAGCGUGAAGGCUGCUAAUGUGUGAAGCUUGAUGUGAGAGAAGGCUCUGUGAGAGCGAAGCUUCAAUAAGAAGCUUCUGCAUGAAAUCUGCAAAUGUGUGAAGCUUGAUGUGAGAGAAGGCUGUGUGAGAGCGAAGCUUCACUGAGAGAAGCUCCAGCGUGAAGGCUGCGAAUGUGUGAAGCUCGAUGUGAGAGAAGGCUCUGUGAGAGCGAAGCUUCAAUAAGAAACUCCUGCAUGAAAUCUGCAAAUGUGUGAAGCUUGAUGUGAGAGAAGGCUCUGUGAGAGCGAAGCUUCAAUAAGAAGCUUCUGCAUGAAAUCUGCAAAUGUGUGAAGCUUGAUGUGAGAGAAGGCUCUGUGAGAGCGAGACUUCACUGAGAGAAACUCCAGCAUGAAGGCUGCGAAUGUGUGAAGCUUGAUGUGAGAGAAACCUGUGUGAGAGCGAAGCUUCGGUGAGAGAAGCUCCAGCGUGAAGUCUGCUAAUGUGUGAAGCUCGAUGUGAGAGAAGGCUCUGUGAGAGCGAAGCUUCAAUAAGAAGCUCCUGCAUGAAAUCUGCAAAUGUGUGAAGCUUGAUGUGAGAGAAGGCUGUGUGAGAGCGAAGCUUCGGUGAGAAGCUUCUAAUGUGUGAAGCUCGAUCUGACAGAAGGCUCUGUGAGAGCGAAGCUGUUUGGUCCGUCCUCAAUAGUCUUCUUUUCUCCCCCUUUUCAACUCUGUCUUUCCCUCGUGAGCCCUUGUUUCGUAUUCGUCCUUUCAAGAGACCUCCACGAAGGCGCUCACAGGACUCCCUUGUGUUCGAUUCAACAUGUACCCAGCCAUGUGGUAUUAUCUUGGGGUACCUUUUGCCCUUGCAGUAUUUGGCCUGCCAAAAUGAGAGAGGAGGAAAACUUGUAUUAUGAGUCCUGAUCGUUCUUAUAUAUAUACAUCUAAACCUUGUGUGUGUUGUCUCCGUCUGAAGAUUUCUCCUCUCGUGUUGACUCAGAGUGCGGUUGUGAAGCUUAUCCCGGCUUUUGUCAUUAGGAAGGCCAGGAGUGUUGUCCUCGCCCUGCAAAUAAACAUGCAAAUGAUGGCAAAAACGUGGUUUCUUUGGUCUGCCUCUGAGGAGGUUCUGUUGUGAUGAAGCUGAAGCUGCCAUCUCUCCAUUUCUCCAUUCCUUGGGGUUGGACUUCCCCCCGAAAAUCCCUUCUUGGAGGGACUUGGGAAGCUUCCUCGCACUACGGCGUCUACAAUACAGUGGUUCCCACGCUUUGGUCCUCCAGUUGUUUGGACUUCAGCUCCCAGAAAUCCCAACUCAUGCAGAUAAACAGUUUCACUCUCACAGAGCCUUCUCUCCUAUUGAGCUUCACACUUUCACAGCCUUCACGCUGGAGCUUCUCUCACCGAGGCUUCGUUCUCACAGAGCCUUCUCUUCCAUCGGGCUUCACACUUUCACAGCCUUCACGCUAGAGCUUCUCUCACCGAGGCUUCGCUCUCACAGAGCCUUCCCUCCCAUCGGGCUUCACACUUUCACAGCCUUCACGCUGGAGCUUCUCUCACCGAGGCUUCGCUCUCACAGAGCCUUCUCUCCCAUCAAGCUUCACACAUUCGCAGCCUUCACUCUAGGGCUUCUCUCGCCAAAGCUUCGCUCUCACAGAGCCUUCUCUCCUAUCAAACUUCACACUUUCGCAGCCUUCACACUGGAGCUUCUCUCACCGAGGCUUCGCUCUCACAGAGCCUUCUCUCCCAUCGAGCUUCACACUUUCACAGCCUUCAUGCUAGAGCUUCUCUCACCGAGGCUUCGCUCUCACAGAGCCUUCUCUCCCAUCAAGCUUCACACAUUCGCAGCCUUCACUCUAGGGCUUCUCUUGCCAAAGCUUCGCUCUGACAGAGCCUUCUCUCCUAUCGAGCUUCACACUUUCGCAGCAUUCACGCUGGAGCUUCUCUCACCGAGGCUUCGCUCUCACAGAGCCUUCUCUCCCAUCGAGCUUCAUACUUUCACACCCUUCACGGCUGGGGCUUCUCCUGCUGAAGCUUCGCUCUCACAGAGCCUUCUCUCACAUCGAACUUCACACAUUCGCAACCUUCACUCUGGGGCUUCUAUCACCAAGGCUUCGCUCUCACAGAGCCUUCUCUCUCAUCGAACUUACACAGGAGCUUCACACAUUCGCUUUAGACACAGGAAUCGUGGGAACUGAAGUCCAAAACACGUGGAGGACCGGAGCUUGGGAAUCACUGGUAUAGUCCAAAAAUAUUCAGGAAACUUAUUGGAUGAUUUGACCCCCAAAAUGUGAUGGGAAAUGGUUAGAAAUCGACCAGUUUCCCCUCCCGGGUUAGGUUUGUGGCUUCUGAUGCGCAUCAACAAAACCGGGAACCAGAACUCAAUAUUACCCAGAUAUCAAGACAACAAAGUAUUAUUAUUACCAUUAAAACCAAACCCGUAUUAAGCAUGGUCUGAGUAUUUGGUGUGUGUUCCGUCUUGUACGUCCCGACCCGACCCUUUUUUUUUUUUUGAGUUUUCCAAAUUGGGAGUCAUUCCAUUUAUUUUAUUUUAUUUUGUUGACGUUCUGACCAUAAUAGAGGCCGCGGCGUUUGGCGGAAGGGAGUUUGGGAAACCGGAAACAAAACAAAACAAAUGUAAAUAAUGUAAGAAUGUUUAUUCGUUGCACAUAAAGGUUUUUUUUUUUUUGGUAUAAAAAUAAAUGUAGAAAUUACCUGUG